AUGACUGUCUUAAACUUAAAGAAGGAGGACAAAAUGAAGAAAGACAAGAAGAAUAUGCUAAUGGCAUCAUGGGAAGAUCUUGAGAAUGAUUCUAAUGAAGAAAAAGAAUCUGAAUACGAUGCUCAGGUUAUUCUUUUGCUAGAUCUUGAAUACAGUUUGUAUGUGUUUUACAAGUUUCUCCAAGGUUCUUCAUCUGAUUACUCCAACCACCAUAACCAAACCUCUUUAUCCUCACAACCCAGCUUGGCUUCAGUACCUUCUCUUAACAAGAACUACCAUUAUUCUUGUUCUAAUUAUUCAACCGCCUCAUACAACUGCAUCGCAACCCUAAAAGGACACAACUACUACCCAUCCUCCUUAACCCUCUCCGCUAAAUUCCUCUACAGUGGCUCCUCCGAUAGAGAAAUUAGGUCAUGGUCCAAACAAUCAUUAUUAACUACCACUAAUAAUAUAGUCCUUGCUGGGAAAGGUGCAGUCAAGUCUCUAGUUGUUCACUCCGACAAGCUCUUUAGUGCUCACCAAGAUAACAAAAUUAGGGUUUGGAAGAUCACCAACAAUAUCAACAACCACCACGACCAUGAGCUUCAGUACACGCGUUUGGCCACGCUUCCAACGCUCAGCGACCGCGUCUCGAAGAUACUACUCCCCAAAAACCACGUUAGAAUCCGGAGGCACAAAAGGUCCACGUGGGUUCACCACGUAGACGCAGUGUCUUGUCUCGCCCUGUCCCAUGACGGAGCCUUGCUAUACUCUGUCUCAUGGGACAGGACGAUCAAGAUUUGGCGAACCAGAGACUUUGCGUGUUUGGAAUCAGUGAUGAAUGCACACGAUGAUGCCAUCAACGCAGUCGCAGUUUCCAACGAUGGACGAGUCUACACAGGAUCGGCGGACAAAAGAAUCAAGGUUUGGAAGAAGAAGAAAGGCGACGGCCAAGGAGUAGUGGGAGAGAAAAGCAAAAGCAAAAACAAACACUACCUUGUGGACACGUUGGAGAAACACAAGUCUGGGAUCAACGCUUUGGCGCUUAACGGCGACGGUUCGUUACUAUAUUCCGGGGCAUGUGAUAGAUCAAUACUGUUAUGGGCGAGGAAGGAAGAAGACAAAGAAGAAGAAGGUGGUGAUGGAAAAAUGGUGGUGGUGGGUGCGUUAAGGGGGCAUGGUAGGUCUAUACUUUGCUUGGUGGUGGUGAUGGAUUUUGUUGUGAGUGGUUCAGAGGACAAAACGAUUCGUGUUUGGAGGGGUUUUGGCGGGAGAGAGUAUAGUUGUGUGGCGGUUUUGGAAGGACAUAGAGGACCAAUUAAGAGCCUCACCGCCAUGGUUGAUCAUAACCAUGAUGAUCCUUCCCAAGCAUCGAUGGUUGUCUAUAGUGGCAGUUUAGACUGUGACAUUAAGGUUUGGAAGGUUUUUGUUCCUCUUCUCUGAAUUUAGUUCUAUAUAGGAUGUGCUUCACAAUUUCUUUUUUAUUUUAUUCAAAACUUUACAAUAUACCACCAUACAAUACACCGUUAUAAACUCAAAAAAUAAUGUGUGCAUUUAUAUAUAUAUUUUCUUUUCUUUCUGUGUCCCCAGAUAAAAAAUACAAACUCAACAGCAAUUUGUGCCUCACUUUUCUUAAUUUGCCAAUCCUCCCAGAUAAAUUCCUCUCUCGCUCUCCCUUUUUUUUCU